AUGGGAUGGGCGAAACAGCAGGAAAAUAAUCUACGCGCAAGCAAGAAGUACCUUAAAAGCGACUUAAAGGUGGGUGUGACCCGCGCUAGACAGAUACCCCUAUACCUCUCUAUGUCACUAGCUCCAAAUCUUUGUCUUGUGCGUUCAAUAUGGCGUCUGCGGUCACACACUCCCAGUUUUCCGCGUUAAAAAAAACACCCUCUACCACCUGUUAGCAGUUUAAUCGAAAUACCAUUAUAUAGCAUCAUUUCUAUUUUUUUUUCAGUUGGCGCUAUUUACCGCGAAAUAUUUGUCAGUUUCAUGGUUCUACUGCCCGGCACUCAAAGGCUGAUUACUAGAAAGGACUAACUCAAUUGGGCGUGCCAAUCGGUCCAUACGAAACAUAUGAUAACAAAAUGUUAGAGCGGAUUUCACUUGACUGUUGUAGAACUAACCGCAAAUAAAAUUCCUCAACCAACCAGGAGCGGAACCCAUAAAACAAAAAAUCAAUCAGAAGGCGAAAUAUGUCUGACUUGCGUUUAGUAGUGACAUGAGUAAACGUGCGUUUGGGUUUAGUUCGCCAUUUGAUUGGCUCACUGACAACAGACCAAGCCCCUCAAUCAAUAGGAAAACGAAGUGAAUGACAGUCAUGUAAAAUCUUCUCUAUCUUUCUGCCCAGUACUCGUUACAGCAGCGCUUCUUAAUUAUAACUUUUUUUCAAACGUUUAUUGCAGGUCCACGUUUCCCAGAGUUCUACAAUAGCGGAUCACUGCCGGUCAUUCGCUUUAAGCGACCCGAAGGAGCCUUCGUUUCAGGCCACAUGUGAUCACGAUCACAGUGACGUGUGUGAGCGCUGCGCUACAUUGGCGUCAACUCUAAAUGAUAUCGAGGAAGGUUUGGUUGCGCAAAGUCAAGACAUGACAUCCAACACGAAGGAAGAACUUGUUUUCCGAGUCAAGAAUGCAAAGACCGCAAUAUUGGCGUGGAAGUCUCAUCUCCUCCGUUCCGUCAAUCAGGAUGGCGCCAAAGUACAGCUUUUGGAAGCGAUUGAUGAGUCGUUUGUUUUAAUCCUU